UCCAGCUAUAGCAUGUAGGGAUAUUCUUAGCAACUCCCCAACCUCUCAUUCAUUGGUUCCAAUCACAACCAAGCAUUCCUCCUCCCCUUCAGCACCCACGUUGUCCUUUUCUUCUCAUUCCAUCCCUUCCAAAAGGUAUUUUAGGUUUAUUACAUCUAUGUCCUGGGUGGUAUUUUUCAUCACAAAACCAGCAUAGUCCCUUUUCUUUCCUUUCCUGCAUUUGAGUGGGAUUGACUCUCUUUAUGGGGAAAUUGGUUCCUUUUGGAUUGUUGAAAGGUUGAUGUUUCUGGUUGGUUUUAUUUGGUGGGGCUGGCAGUCUAAGUGUAGGGGCUGGCGUCGGGAGUCUAGAUGGGUAAUGUGAGUUGGUGGUUGGGUAGGUAGGGAAUUUAUUUAUGUUGCCUUUGACACGCCUUAAUACCUCCUCUUCCUGUAACCUUGCCAAGCCAAAAGCAGAUGAUAGAGUGAAAGGUUUAAACAUAGUCACAGUGAUUCUCAAGUCAUCUGUUAGCCCACUCAAAAAGGUUGUUGUUCUCUCCUUUGAGGGUUGCGAUAUCAUCAGCCAAUUGAGCGUGGCGAGCACAAUUAGCCAUGGUGCCAGAAACCUAGCUCUGAUACCACUGUUAUUUCCCAAAAUUAUACGUAACACUUGUUUUGUCAGAUCUCUGAAGCAUGUCAGAAGAUUACUUUCGGACGAGAAAUUCUCCUAUUGUUACCCAUAAACUUGUAUAUGCAGUGGAUGCUAUGGUUCGGAAGUUCAGUGAAAUUAUUCUUGUUCGCAAGUUAGCUUUUCAGUCUUGAUGUUGAAUGAGUGCUGAGUGGGUUAUUUCAAUCUUAUUUGACUUGUAUUUAUAGCUUCCAAAUGGUAUUUGUCAUUCGAUUGAGAGUGAGAUUCAGCGGGUUAUUUUAAUCUUAUUUGACAUGUAUUUUUAGCUUUCAAAUGAUAUAGGGCUCAUGGUAACUUCAUAAAAAGGUUUAGAUAUGGGUUUUGGCCAGUUAUAGUGACACUAGAAGGUUUCAUGAAUACAGAACUAUUAAGAUGCCUAGAAAUGACUAUAUCCUCUAUAUAGAGAUGCUAGCCUGUUAGAGCAGUGAAACUCUGCUUAUGUGUCAUGUUCAUGAAAAAUUAAGUGAUCUUUUCUUGGAUUUUGCCAAAUGACCCGCAUGGUUGACACAAUGGGUGACCGCACCCUCACAUGCUGAGGUGAGUCCCACCUGAAUUUAAAAUCCGAUCCUCCUGUGUUGUGUGUGUGCGGACAUGCCUGCGGUCAUCCCCGUGGGCAGUGUAGCUCAGUCCUCUUUUCUUGUGGCAGUUACAGCUUGUGAUGCUAUUUAUUGCUGAUGUUUAUGCAUGGAUGAAGAUAAAUACACAGAUUUGCCAACUUCUACUCUGGCUGGACUGAGGUCAUGUGGUCGUGUCAGGAUAUUGAACUUACUAGCACUGUUUUGUGGUUUUAUCACCAUACUUGUUUAUUUCGUUAGAUGCAUACAUAUUACAAUAAAUGUUUAUUUCCUUGAUAUUUGCCUUUCGCUUGAUAAAAUAUGUUUUUAGAGAAACCAUUGACAUAUGAUUUGGGUUCUAAAAUUUGUUUCUUUCUAUAGAGAACACAAUUGUCUCCUCUGCUCAUGACUUGAGCAUACAACUGCAUAUGGAUAUUUGUCUUAUUCGAAGUUCGAACUACAUUGUCUUGUUGAAUAAAAAUAACCACCAUUCAUUCUAGAUCUAUUAGCAUCACAGGCUUGAUAUUAUACAACUGACUUUGGUUCCAGAAAUGGCUGCAUCCCUGAAUUGGAUAAUCUUUAUUCCUUCUUCAACAUGCAUGAAGAGAAAUUUCUUUAAAAUGCAAUUUUGCAUCGAUUAGGUGCCCGUUUUGCUUUAGAUAUCUUGUGCUCUUUGAUACAUUCUAGUGAACUUGGAACACUCAGUUUAGUUUAACUUGGAGUUUGUACAUUAAGUUUUUCUUAGUUAGAAUUGAUUUCUUGCCCACGGUAGAUGAGUAUGAGUCAUAUUGUCCACUGUCAAUGUGACAAUAUGUGGUGUUGCCACAUUGGUGGUAGGCAACAUAACUCAUGUUCACCGUGGGUAGGAGAUCAGUUCUGUUAUCUUAGUACCUUUGAAACCAUGUUGAGGUGAAAAAUGAUGAGAAACCAACUUUUCUUGGGUUCCAUUCUGUGCUUAGAAAUGGGAUAACAAUCAUGUUUGUCAAUCUUUAUGGGGCUUG